AUGGAUACCCCUCGCUAUGUAUUCGGUGCCCAGGGGUUUGGUGUGGCCUGGACAACUGACAAUGUCGACCACCUGAUGAAGACUCUCACAGAGGCUGGAAUCAAUCACUUUGACACCGCUGCCCUUUAUCCCGCCUCAAACCCGGGUUUAUCUGAGGAUAUACUCGGUAAGAAAAAGCCAGAGGAUGCAGUCAUCGAUACAAAGGUUCUGUUCAUUGGCGAUGACUCUUUGUCCUUCAAAAAUAUGGGUGCCUCUAUCAAAGCCAGUCUGGAGCGACUGCAGGUCAAGAAAAUCCACACCCUCUACGCUCAUGCUCCGGAUCGCAAGACCCCGAUUCCCCUCCAAGCUGCACACUUUGACCAUUACUACCGCCAAGGGUAUUUUGAGAGGUUGGGUCUCUCCAACUACAGCCCGUCUGCGAUCCGCGCGUGGAUGGAAAUCGCAGUGGAGGAGAACUUGAUCAUGCCUACCGUUUACCAAGGCCAGUACAACGUCUUCUGUCGCGGCUACGAGGAUGAACUCUUCCCAGUACUUCGCGAGUUCGGUAUUGACUUUGAAGCAACCUCCCCAUUGGCGGGUGGAUUCCUCACCGGGAAGCUUUCGUAUUCUCCAUCGCCUGAGCAGCUGGAGGGCACACGUUUCGAGGUCGGCGAGGGAAACAUGCUCGGUGCCGUGUACCGCAUGUGGUACGACCAGCCCCUCUAUCAUGAAGCGAUGCGAUCUCUGGACAAUAUCGGAAAAGGGAUGGGGACUACAGGGGCCCAGUGUGCCCUGCGGUGGUUGCUCUUUCAUUCCAACCUCAGGGAUCCUGAUCGAAUUGUCAUCGGACCUAGCACCCUGAAGCAGCUUCAAGACUAUGUCGACGCUCGGAAGGCUGGGCCACUUCGGGAGGACGCAGCAACUGAGAUCAAUGCACUUUGGCCGGCCCUGAAAGGAGUUGCGGCGACGAUCAUUGAGAAGGGAUGGUGGUCUCUGUGA